AGAAGAGGAGGAAGAAAAAAAGAGGAGGGCAAGUCGUAGGCAGACAGGCACGCGGGGGAAAAUCCAGCAGUGUCUUUAAGCCAUUUAGCGUUCAAAUAUACAAAUAUAUUAAAGGCGGAGGGGGAGAAAAGGUCUGUUCUGCGUCCUGAUCGGGUGUUGUUUUUUUCUUUUCUUUUUUUCCCCUCUGGUGUUUUUUCAGGCCAAGCUGAGAGAAAGAGAGAGAGAGAGAGAGAGAGACAUGAGCUAAUUGUAUCCUGCCUCCCCCCCUCUCUCUCUCUCUCUCUCUUUUUGCCUGGAGGGGUUUCAGAGCCCCGGAGCGUCUCCUCUCUCUCUCCCUCUCUCUCUCUCUCCCUCUCUCUUUCUCUCUGUGUGUGUUUAGUCUCUCCGUGUUUCUCCGGCACACUGCUGCAGAUCUCCCCGGUGCGGCGCGGGCAGCGGAGGCACCAGCCGAGCCAAGCCAGCGCGCACGCGAGGCGGAAGAACCGAGGAGGGAACCGGCUGCCAACAGACUUAACUUUCUUUCCCCAUGUUUCAGGAUAAUCGCUCCAACAUGUCCAGGCCAAUGAUCACCAGGUCUCCAGCGUCUCCUCUCAGUAAUCAGGGCAUCCCGACUCCAGCGCAGCUCACCAAGUCCAACGCGCCUGUACACAUCGACGUGGGUGGCCACAUGUACACCAGCAGCCUCGCCACACUCACCAAGUACCCCGAGUCCAGAAUCGGGCGUCUUUUUGAUGGCACGGAGCCCAUUGUUCUGGACAGCCUGAAGCAACACUACUUCAUCGACAGGGAUGGUCACAUGUUCCGCUACAUCCUCAACUUCCUCAGGACGUCCAAGCUUCUCAUCCCUGAUGACUUCAAAGACUUCAGUCUGCUCUACGAGGAAGCGCGGUAUUUCCAGCUGCAACCGAUGCUGGUCGAGCUGGAGCGCUGGCGUCACGAGCGGGAGCUGAACCGGAUCUCGUGUCCGUGCGAGUGCGUAGUGGUGCGCGUGGCGCCUGACCUGGGAGAACGCAUCACGCUGAGUGGGGACAAGGCCCUCAUCGAGGACAUCUUCCCAGAGAUCGGAGACGUCAUGUGCAAUUCGGUGAACGCCGGCUGGAAUCACGACUCUACACACGUCAUCCGCUUCCCGCUAAACGGCUACUGCCAUCUCAACUCUGUUCAGGUUCUGGAGCGACUACAGCAGCGCGGCUUCGAGAUCGUGGGCUCGUGCGGCGGCGGAGUCGACUCAUCUCAGUUCAGCGAGUACGUCCUGCGACGAGAGCUCCGGCGAGCUCAACGAGGACUCCAGACUAACAGGAUAAAACAAGAACAGCUGGACUAGAAACCAAUCCUAAAAACUGCCUCACAGACUUUGAAAAUAAAUAAAUAAUGGGCCAUGAAGAGAGCAAACAUUUCAGCAGUUGCUGAGCUCUUUGGGACACUUGAAAUGUGUGUAUGUUUUUUUAAGGAACUUGAGAAGGAAAAAUUUGGGGGGUUUUUUUUGGGGGGGGAAGAUUUGACAUAUAUGACCUGCAAUGACCUUUGGGAGGAACAGAACUGUCUAAAGAAGGACCUUGUCGCAAAUGUUGUCUCUUUCCAUAGAAUAACUUUCAAAGCAAACGUUAAGACAUCACGUCCUGUUUGCAGCGCUAUAUACAGUAUAUAUAAAUAUAUAAAUAAAAAUAUGCAUAUAUUUUGCUAUUUCAUAUAACUGAUCCACGGAUGAUGUUUCCUAAUAAUGUCAUGAAUAGGUUUAUUACAAAUCUCAAUGUAUUGAGUUUUUAUUAUUAUUAUUAUUUUUGGUUGUUUUAUAUUAUAUUGUACAAGCACUGUACAAGAUUGUGUACUUUUGUCCAUCUAAAGUUCCCCUCAUUUUCUAAAGUUCGUCAUUGAAGAUUGUCGUGUGAUAUGUUUUACAUACAUGCUUACUUUUCCUCAGUAAGGUGACAUGAAAAAAAAAUCCAAUUUAAACAACACUUGUGAAAUUCUUAAUUUAUGAUCGGGGAUGAUGGUUUUCUGCAUUUUCAUUUGUAAGUAUGAUUUUUUUUUUCUUUGCCCUAAAACCUCUUUUUGACUGAAUUUCUAAUUACAUUAAACACAGCUUCUUUCUGAAAGCUGACAAAACUGAGCAAAUCAUUUAAUUGUCACGCCACAUCUAACAUCCUGGAUCACGAAGAAUGUAGCAAGCAAUUUAAAAUAAAUCAUCCAGAAUUUUACAUGCA